CCAACCUCACCUCAGCUUAAGAUUUGAUAUCUGUGUUGAUUCGAGGUUCAAACCCAAUCCUUUUCCAAUCUGACAAUCAUCGAUUUUAGCAAGAUUCCAAAACAACAACAACAAUGAUGAAUUGUGUUCUACUUCGUAAAUCUCACAUACCAAUAUUGGUGUUUAUAUUUUUUGGUCUGGCUCGUGGAGCAUAUUUGGUGGAUUUUUCCAAUAUGAUACAGCAUCGUAACAAUUUAGCUAAUAAUGUCAAACGUGAUGAUCCUGAACGUUGCCAUCCAACGCAGCCAUUUCGAUGUCCCGGAAAUUCUUUGAUUUGUAUAUCGAUUCAAUAUUUAUGCGAUGGUGCGCCCGAUUGUCCCGAUGGUUAUGAUGAAGAUACAUCGUUAUGUACAGCAGCAAAAAGGCCACCUGUUGAAGAAACAGCCAAUUUUCUUCAAUCCCUAUUGGCAAAUCAUGGCCCCAAUUAUCUGGAAAAAUUAUUCGGCAAAAAAGCACGUGAUGCAUUGGCUCCAUUAGGAGGCUCACAUCAAGUGGCUGUUGCCUUGUCCGAAAGCGAAACUUUGGACGAUUUUGCCAGCGCUUUGCAUCUAAUGAAAUCGGACAAAGAACAUCUUCGCAAUAUUUUAAUCGCCGUUGAAUCCGGUGAUCUGGGUCUGCUUAAAUCGAUGGGUAUCCGUGACAGUGAACUAACCGACCUGAAACUAUUUCUCGACAAAUUGGUCCAAACUGGAUUUAUGGACUGAAUUUUACGAAAAAUAUUCUCUAUUUUUGUCUACCAUCACCACCACCUACUCAAUCAAUCAUCGUAAUGAUGAUGCGUUUGCAAUAUCUAUUUUUAUCGUUUGCUUGUUUGUCUAUCACACACCAUUCAUUCAUCCAUUCACACUGAC